CGUCACGGCGUCCGCCGUCCGGAAGUGCGCGGGGUGGCGAAGACGACGACGGCGGCGGUGGGGCCGAUGUGUGGUUGGUGACCUUGCCCCCAGAUGCUGAGGUGCCUGAAUCCCUGGCGCAGGCCGUUACUGGGCUGUAGUUGGAGUAGGCUGUGCCUUUUCAAGCAGUAUCUAUUUACAAUGAAGUUGCAGUCUCCAGAAUUCCAGUCAUUGUUCACAGCAGGAUUGAAGAGUCUGACAGAAUUAUUUGUCAAAGAAAAUCAUGAAUUAAGAAUAGCAGGAGGAGCAGUGAGGGAUUUAUUAAAUGGAGUAAAGCCUCAAGAUGUGGAUUUUGCUACCACUGCUACCCCUGCUCAAAUGAAGGACAUGUUUCAGGCUGCGGGUAUUCGUAUGAUAAACAAUAAAGGAGAAAAGCAUGGAACAAUUACUGCCAGGCUUCAUGAAGAAAAUUUUGAAAUUACUACACUGCGGAUUGAUGUUGUCACUGAUGGAAGACAUGCAGAGGUAGAAUUCACAACUGAUUGGCAGAAAGAUGCUGAACGCAGAGAUCUCACUAUAAAUUCUAUGUUUUUAGGUUUUGAUGGUACCUUAUUUGACUACUUCAAUGGUUAUGAAGAUUUAAAAGAUAAGAAAGUUAGGUUUGUUGGACAUGCUAAACAGAGGAUACAAGAAGAUUAUCUUCGAAUUUUACGAUAUUUCCGGUUUUAUGGGAGAAUUGUGGACAAACCUGGUGACCACGAUCCUGAGACUUUGGAAGCAAUUGCAGAAAAUGCGAAAGGCUUGGCUGGAAUAUCAGGAGAGAGGAUUUGGGUGGAACUGAAAAAAAUUCUUGUUGGUAACCAUGUAAAUCAUUUGAUUCACCUCCUCUAUGAUCUUGAUGUGGCUCCUUACAUAGGCUUACCUACUAAUGCAAGUUUGGAAGAAUUUAACAAAGUUAGUAAAAAUGCUGACGGUUUUUCACCAAAGCCAAUGACUCUCUUGGCCUCAUUAUUCAAAGUACAGGAUGAUGUCACAAAAUUGGAUUUGAGGUUGAAGAUUUCAAAAGAAGAGAAGAACCUUGGUAUAUUCAUCGUUAAAAACAGGAAAGAUUUAGUUAAAGCAACGGAUAGUUCAGAGCCACUGAAACCCUAUCAAGACUUCAUUAUAGAUUCUAGGGAAUCUGACGCAAUGAACCGCGUGUGUGAACUCCUGAAGUACCAGGGAGAGCAUGGUCUUCUGCAGCAGAUGCAGCAGUGGUGCAUUCCACCAUUUCCUGUGAGUGGCCAUGACAUCAGAAAAGUGGGCAUUUCUUCAGGAAAAGAAAUUGGGGCUCUGUUGCAGCAGUUGCGAGAACAGUGGAAAAAAAGUGGCUACCAAAUGGAGAAAGACGAACUCCUAAGUUACAUAAAGAAGAGCGAAAACUGAUGAGAGCUGGCACUAAAUAGCAGAAAAUUUGGGGUAAGGCUAGGUUUUCUUCUCUCCCUCUCAGUGACAUUUAAGAGACUUGACUAUAUAGCAGAAUGAAAGCCAGCUUGGAGGACCUUCUCAGAUCAACAGAGGUCUUUGUGAGUUUCUGGCAGUAAACUCAAGUCUACCUCCUCUUAAAUCUCAUUUAUAUCCAUGAACCUUGUGCUGCUUCUGGAAUAGUUCCUGCUGUGAAUAGUACGGUUGGCUUCCCCUGUCUAGGCUUUAUAUUUUUUUUUCCCCCCAGCAUAGUGCAUUACUGAUCUUAAAAAGUGGUAACUAUCCUUAAGAAAAAAGUGUUUGCUAUUGAAAUAACUACAUUAUUUUAUCAAUGUCUUAAGUGUUCUUACUUGAAUUUAACACACUUAAAUGAAUUUAAUUUCAACACAAACAUGUUGAAAUUAGUUGAAAGAAUAUCCUGUAUAAAAUUAUGAAGACCAGGUAUGUCCUGGGUGGCUGGCAUUCAUACACCUGAAACAUGUUCUAGCAAGCUCUAAAUUUUAGUAUGUAGUUGAUACUUUCCUUUGUCAUAAUGAUUUCUUUAUGCAUGCUAAGCCUGAGAAAGACUGGCUUGACAGUUACUCUUGAGCCUUCAAUAAACAUUCUAAUAAACAUUCCCUUUGGAAUUGGAAGAUAAA